AAUAGUACUUGGGCUUCGAGUUCAUCAUUGUUUGGCCAAACCAAAACUCUCUCUCUCUCUCUCUCUCUCUCUCCCUACAUAUAUAUAUAUUGGAACUUGGAGAAGCAUCAUCAGCUCAGCUGUGUGUGUACCAGAAGCUUGGGUUCGAGAUCGGUCGGAUUGAGUUGAAGGCCGGGGUCUAGCUAGCUGCAGGGAGAGGACCAUAAAGCAUGAGAGGAUUUGAGAGGAGAGGCGUCCGGCAGUACAACCGGUCCGACGAGCCGCGGAUGCGGUGGACGGAGGAGCUGCACCGGCAGUUCAUCGAAGCUGUCAAUUGCCUCGGCGGCCAGGACGAGGCAACGCCGAAGCGUAUUCUUCAGCUGAUGGGCGCCAAGGGAGUCAGCAUAUCUCACGUCAAGAGCCAUCUCCAGAUGUACAGAUCAAGCUCUAGCAACUCCACCUGCAACGGUACACCCAAUGCGUCCGUGGAUCGCCGUGGAGACCAGCGUGUUGUUGACGGGCCAUGGAAUGGCCACAGGAACGGGAAUGGCAUGGGGGUGGCUUCGGAGAGGAUCGACGACGCUUCAUCUUACCCCGUGCCUUCCCAUGGCCACCGCUCGCCGGCGUACCAAAUACCGUCGAUCGAAGACGUUUUCAGGAGCUGGGAGCAGAGUAGAGGGCGGCUGCCGUGGAACUCCAGCAUGCCAUCAGAGAAGGCGACCGGCUGGGCAUGUCACGCUGACAGAAGCACACGUCAGAAGCAGCAGCAGCAGCAGCAGACGGCGGCGGGGUGUGACCUGACGCUGUCGAUUGGCCGGUGGGAGGCGGAGGCGGCGAGCAGUGAUGCUGACUUCUCGAGCAUGACCACCGAGGAGGCCGUCGCACCAGCAAGGGAUCGAGGAGCCGGCGAUCACCGUCGCUCCGCCUCCGUCACCGGCCUGGACCUCGACCUGAACCUCGACUUGGCCAUCUCAUCCUCUUGUCUGUGAUGUGAUCGAUACUCUCCCUGUGUAAAUAUAUAGAGCUGCAUGCAUCUUUGUAUAUGAAGUUACAUUAUAUAGCUAUCAUUGUACCAUAGAUCGUGUAGUGUGGUGGUAGUAAAUUUCUGAGGUUUCUUGCUAGCUAUAUGAGUUUAUUUGUAGACUGCCAUACUCACUAGGGGUUUCUACCGUUUUAGCGGUAUAUGCAUGCAUGAUUUCUUAUA